AUGACUCGAGUCCGUGUGGGGGCUGUCCAGGCCGAGCCCGCCUGGCUGGACCUGGCCGCCGGUGUCGCAAAGACCGUUGCAUUAAUCCAGGAAGCUGGUGCGAAGGGCAUCAAUGUCCUGGGUUUCCCCGAGCGAACGCGAAGGGGGAGCUUAUACAUGGCGCAGUCGUUCAUCAACCCCGGCGGCCAGAUCGUGCACCAUCGGCGUAAGAUCAAGCCCACCCAUGUGGAGCGGUCUAUCUGGGGCGAGGGCCAGGCGGAGUCUCUCCAAACGGUGGUCGAUUCCCCCUUUGGUCGCAUUGGAGGCCUGAACUGCUGGGAACACCUCCAGCCGCUCCUACGGUUCUACGAGUACUCGCAGGGGGUGCAGAUUCACGUCGCUAGCUGGCCGGCGGAGUUCCCGGAGCCCAAGGGGUUGAAAUGGCCUUUCCAUGAAACGGACGUGGCGAGUCGUAAUGCCAGUCAAUUCUUCGCCAUUGAGGGCCAGGCCUUUGUGCUGCCUAGUGGAGGGUUCUCUAUGAUAUUCGGACCGGACGGAGCCUCUCUCGUGGAGGCACCCCCCGCUGGGGAGGAAUGCAUCCUGCAAGCUGAUAUCAACCUCGGAGAUAUUGACUACGCCAAGGCAAUGAUUGAUACGGUUGGCCACUAUUCCCGCCCAGACCUACUGUCGUUGAAAGUCAACACCGAGGCGGCGAAGUGCGUUUGGACAACUGGGGGCAACCCAAGUGUAUAG